AUGGAGACUGCCUGCCGCAAAGCAUGCUCCAUCCGCGGCCCUUUGGCCCAGCUGGGCCCUCACCCGCCAUCUAUCGCUCGGUGGCUUGGCUUGCACAGGAAACCUAUUUUGAUGGCCCUUUCUCUCACAACCCCGGAACGAGGUGCCCUGGUUAUUUUGACGGCCCAAACCAUAUCGAGCAGUACGAUUGCUGGGCUUUCCGAUCCUAGCGUGCGCCCAUCUACCCAAGAGCUGGCUCGCUGCUGGCUCGCGCUGGCUCGCUCGGACUGGCUGUCCACUGGGGGGCAGCCCCCUCGCGAACCAUGGUGCCCGAGCGCUUUCAGUUCGGGGACAUGUGAAGCCUCUACACUAGUGCCUCCUUUGGUCCCCGGCGCCAGCACUGGUGAUCUCUUUGGCGGGGCUUGGCGCAUGGGCACCCUGGACCAAGGCGACGUCAAUCAACAAGACGGCGCAGCUGUCGUCACCGCUGUGGUCAAGUCGUCGACCAUCACACUGGAGCAUCAGCAUCCCGCGACCUACUAGUCACUAGCCAGGCGAUAACGUGGCCAUGGGGACCGGCUCUGAAUCUGUCACUUUGCCGUGCGAUCGGUCUCUUCAUUGCACGCCAAACCCGCUGAAUCGAAACAAUCCGCCAGAAACCGCGCAAUGUCAACAACACCGCGAUGAUGCACACCUCACCUCGUCUGGUUGGUUCCCCCACGGGGGCAGAUGUGAACAUGUUUGAGAUGGCGAUGUCGCCAAAUGCGUCAGAAACGAGAACGCCAAACCUUAACCCAACUUCGGCAAAUCUCUCCAUGUACCUGAGGUAUUCGAUGGCCAUCGCCGCCAGGAGGCCCGAUAUUACAAGCAACCCCCGGUCAUCAACAAAUGCAUCAACUGCAUCUUGAACUCAACGAACCCUCUGCAAUAUGCGGGCAAUAGCUCCCCGGUCACCAACACCCUGGCCAGUCUGGGUAUUCAGAGUUGCUUUUGCCGCCUAGGCCCUUCAAUAAC